AUGAGAUCGUUCGUUCCAGUGCCUGAAGGUUCGGAUUUUCCAAUUCAGAACCUCCCUUACGGAGUGUUCUCUACGAAAGACAAUGCUAAACACCGUAUUGGCGUUGCGAUAGGCGAAUCGAUUUUGGAUCUUUCCGCCAUUGCUCACCUCUUCGACAGCCCAUCGCUAAAAGCACAUCAAGACGUUUUCAAACAGGAGACAUUGAAUGCCUUUAUGGGCUUGCCUCGAGCAGCAUGGGUAGAAGCUCGAGCGAUCAUUCAGAAACUACUCAGGGAUGAUGUCCCAACACUCAAGGAGAACCCAGAGUUGAGAGCUAAGGCGAUUGUAAGCCAGAAAGACGCCACGAUGCAUCUUCCUGCUUCUAUAGGAGACUACACUGACUUCUACUCAUCGAUCUAUCACGCUACCAACGUUGGCAUUAUGUUCAGAGGCAAGGAGAACGCUCUCAUGCCUAACUGGAAGUGGUUACCAGUCGGCUACCAUGGACGAGCCUCUUCAGUUGUUCCCUCUGGCACGCCUAUUCGACGCCCUCGAGGGCAGGUGAAGCCCGAAGGAGCCGCUGAGCCUUCUUAUGGUCCAUCCCGACUUUUGGACUUCGAGCUCGAAAUGGCAUUCUUUGUCGGUGGCAAGGCUACUGAGCUCGGUCAGCCCAUUCCAAUCGAAGAUACUGAAGAGCACAUUUUCGGUGUGGUACUGAUGAAUGAUUGGAGUGCGCGAGAUAUUCAAGCAUGGGAAUAUGUGCCCCUCGGCCCAUUCCUCGUGACGAUUAAACCAGAAGGAGGAGCUGAUCAUUCCGUGUGCAAGACCAAUUUCAAGCAUCUGUACUGGACCCUGAAACAACAACUCGCUCAUCACACUGUGAACGGUUGCAAUGUACGGCCUGGUGAUCUCAUGGGUUCUGGAACCGUUUCCGGACCGGAGGAAGGAGCCUACGGAUCAAUGCUGGAACUGUCAUGGCGAGGAGCAAAGACCAUUGCCGUUGGCGAUCAAACUCGGAAGUUCCUGCAGGAUGGCGAUGAGGUGAAUCUUGUCGGAUUCUGUGAGAAGAACGGUGUCCGUAUUGGAUUCGGUGAAUGCCGAGGAAAAGUUCUGCCAGCACUGUGA